AUGUUGAAGAACGGUCGGCUGCCCAUCGCUAAGAUAGUAAGCAAGUCAGUCAAGUUGGAUUCAGGUAUUAGUGGAGCGUUUGUGCGAGGCUAUGUGUCGCAUACUCAGUCGAAGCAGUCGACGAUUGCAAUUCCGCCUGCGCAGGUAGGGGAGAAGCUUGCCCCGCCUUCUGCUGGGGCGUUUUUAAAGCCGUUGUCUACCAAGGAGCUAUUGUCUCUUGGGGCAAUUGGAUGUGCUACGAUUAAUGAUAAGGUAUUAAACAGUGUGAUAAAGGUGUUUCCAUAUGUGCCUAGUUCGGUAGUGAAGAUGUUUGUAUCAUCGUUAUACUGUGGCGGUGAUAAUAUUAUGGAAGCCAGAGAGAAGGGGAAGAUGUUAAGGGGGCGUGGAAUUAAUAAUAUGAUGUUGUCGUUAACAAUUGAGGAUUGUGAGGGUAUCAAGAAUAUUGAUAUUAAUUAUAUUGUUGAAGAGACUAUUAGGUCAUUGCAUGAAGUUUUGAAGCCAAACAUGGAGGAGCAAUUGUCGGUUGCGGAGGAUGUUAAUGUUAUUCCACCGGGCUAUUUAGCGUUAAAACCUUCUGCGUUGGUUUCAAACCCUUCUGAUGUUCUUAAAAACUUCAUGGCUCCUGAGUGGAGGGAGAAAAGCGAUGAGUUGGUUGAAAAUUGUUCAAGAAUUACUGAGGAAGUCUUCCGGUUGAACCAAGAAUUUGCGAAGAGAUAUCCUGAUCGGAAGGCUCCUUUUUUUGUUUCGACUAUAGAUGCUGAAAAAUACAUUUCACAGGAACCGGGGGUACGUGAACUACAAAGGAUUUUGUUUGCUAAGUAUAACCCUAGAUCUUCACGUAUGGUUUCCUGUAUUGGUACAUGGCAGUUGUACUUGAGAGACUCAGCCGCUGAGUUGGAACUCCAGCGUGAGAGGGCUCAACGUGAGGGGUAUAGGUUAGGGUUGAAAUUGGUGAGGGGCGCAUAUCUUCACUCAGAACCCAAUAGAGACAUCAUAUUCCCUUCAAAGGAGGCUACGGACGAAAAUUUCAACGAUGUUAUGGUCAAAGUCAUUCAAGACUUAUUAGUGAGAGGCGAGGACUCGGUAUAUGGGCAUAUGGUUGUUGCCUCUCAUAAUUACCACUCUCAAAUGCUAGCGACGAUGCUUUUGGUAUCCUCUGACGGUUCAUACGGAAAGGCUAACGUAGUGUUAGCUCAGUUGUUGGGCAUGUCAGAUAAUGUGACCCACGACCUUAUCUAUAACCACGGUGCUAAAAAUAUUAUUAAAUACGUCCCUUGGGGGCCUCCUGAAGAAACUAAAGAUUACCUAUUAAGAAGGUUGCAAGAAAAUGGCGAUGCUAUGAAAUCUGAAAGCGGAUGGCCUCUAGUUAAACAGGUUGCAAAAACUCUCUUGCAUCUUUAA